GAAUGCAAUCAACAUUCAGCCGACGCAAAACACGCCAAUACGGGCGCCCGGGCGGGAUUAAUCGAACCCCCUCAUUGACGCACCCUGCAGUGUAAAAACCACCAUGGCGCUGUGCAAGAGAGGGGUCCAAUGCUGUGUUACAACGAUAAUACGAUGCAGUUAUCCAUUUCAAGGGAUCUCAACCGUGUCGACAUACACUCCAAUAUUAGCCUACUCCAGAUUAAGUGUAUUAUCCUGCAGGCACUACUCGUUAUCUCAGGGCAGACGAGGCAUAUUUCAGAGAGCCAGUGAGAGGUAUGAGAAAUUCCUUGAACAUCGAUUCCCCCGCCUCUACAUCCUUUAUACCACCUUUGUGAAAGGAUUUCAGCUCAUGGUACACGAUGUGAGGGAAACGAAGAGGAUAAGGAUGAAAAUGCUCACUCAAGAUGUUUCACUCAAAGAGCUGCCCUACCGUGAGAUGGAGACCAUCAUUCUGUUUCGCAAAGACAUGAUAAAAGCCAUUCCACUGGUGAUAAUAUCUAUCCCGCCUUUUGCCAUCAUUUUGGUUUUCACUCUUAUGUGCCUGUUUCCUAGGCAGCUCCUGAUUCGUCACCUGUGGACUCCGCAGCAGCAGCAGGACUUCCAGAGGUUGUACCACGAGCAGAGAUGCCGAUACCGUGAGAACAUCCUGAAGGGUGUGGCCUGGUCAAUACCUCACAUCAAAGAGUGGACCCUCCGCAGCCAUCUGCUUACUCUUAUCAGCAAGGUGCAGAGUGGGGCUCACCCCAGUGUGAAAGACAUCAGUGCAGUGAGAGGCGUGUUUUCCGGACAACCACUGGGAUUAACAGGCAUGGACUCUGGUCACAUGAGGCUGCUGUGCUCCCACCUCUUGCUGAACCCCUGGCUCCCUGGGUUCCUGCUCCGGCGACGGCUGAGGGUCAAAGCCCUGGACCUGCUUUACUUGGAUCAGGCUCUAGACACACUGGGACAGGGCCAACUCACUGACUCAGAGAUUAGAGAGGCCUGCUAUCUGCGGGGUCUCAAUCCCAGUAGCCUCACCACUAGCCAGUGUCGAGAGUGGCUCCUCCAGUGGCUUCAGCUGUCUACCCAGCUCACAGAAUCAGAGACAUCUCUUCUGCUGCACAACAUGGUCCUGCUCUCAGUAAACUACCCCAGCUCCUGACCAGAGGAACAAAAGCAUGCAGCAGCAACCAGACUUUAUUAUAUUUAUUAAUGGCCUUUAGGCGAGAAAGUCAAAUGGAACAGUGACAAUUGUCAUCUCAUUUUCUUGGGACAAAGGGAUAGAAUGAUCCAAACUGGUCAAUUGUUACCAUGUAGAGAAUCAAUGAUUCAGUGCAUGGAUGACAUUGACUUUUACUGUGCUGUAUGUCUUUAUUCAUCUUUAUUCGUCUUUAUUUAUUCAGGAAUGAAUUGGAAAGAGAUGCACUGGAUAAAGUGACUCAAAAGAAGAAGCUCGCACACACUCAAACUUUUAUUUGGCAUACAAACAUUUCAGUCUACCAACUGGUGUUCAGCAUAGAAGUGGGUUCCCAGAUAUGCCAAUACAGCCCAGCUGUACCUUGCUCUUCCAAAAUGUAUAAAUGUCCUGUGGGGCUGUAUAUUGAUACUUUCAAGGAGAUAGUAUGGGACAUUUUUCCAUGUGUUAAUGUAAGUGUCCCUUUAGUUAACUUCUUGACUUGGUAAGUAUGGUGCAUUGUAAAAUGAUAGUCUGUCAGAACACCAGUCUAAGGUGCAAAUUUAUAUAGGCCUACCAUAAUAAAUUUGAGACAUAAUAAAAAAUGUAAACAAA